AUGGGCCUAGGUAAGAAAGUCGCAGCAACUAUUAUUUUUGGAAGUGGAACUUUAAUAUGUGCCCAAGCUGGAUUUUGGCAACUAAGAAGAAAAAAAUGAAAAGAAAGCCUUAUUGAAGAGCGAUCCCAGCAUCUCAAUGAUAAACCUUAUAUAGUUUCAGAUGAUUUUCACCCUUGGGAAAAAGAUCCUGAGUAUUGAAAUUUUCGCCCAAUUCAAAUCAAAGGAAAAUUCGAUCAUAGCAAAGAAAUGCUCCUAUUAAGAAAAUACGAGAAUCGAAAUGGCUAUAAAGUUGUCACACCAAUGACUACUGAAAAUAAUAAAGAAAUUUUAGUCAAUAGAGGGUGGAUUCCAGUCGAUCUUAAGCCACUUUCUAAAAGAAAAGAGCCAGAAGGAACAGUUGAAGUAGCUGGCGUACUCAGAUUAAGCGAAAUGCCUUCAAAUUAUAUGCCAAAAAAUUCACCUGAAAUAGGAGAAUGGUAUUAUAUUGAUAUUGAUGAGAUGUCAAAGUAUGCUGGCUUAAAAAAUCCCUCAAAUAUGAUGAUCCAUGAAAUUAACUUUGAGAGAAGUCGAGAAGUUUAUGAUGGAGAAGAAUUGACAGAAAUCCCACUUAAAAGCGUGAAAUCUGAGCUUAUAAGUUGGUUUGUAAUGCCAGAAACCCAUAUGACUUAUGCAAUGUUUUGGUUUUCUAGCUCUACAAUUUGCUUGCUUUUCAAUAUUUUAGCACUUUUAGGGAAAUUCUAA